AGUUGGGGAUGGGAUGGGAUGGACGCAGGUGGAGAAUCACGAAUGUUUGUAUGCGCUCAGGACAUCCAUCAUGCCUUGCUGCACCUGGACCACGGCUCCAGUCACAAGUCUCUCCCACUCCCACCCGCAGUCACGCUGAAGAGCGUCCGCCCGCUGUUCCUCCUCGGCAAGCAUCGAUCAGCCUGCAAUGUCGUUUGCGCCUCUGCUUAGACGCAGCGCUUCCACUGUCGGGACUUGCGUCUGCAACCGGCACGCUGCUGCUGCUGCUGCUGCUGCUGCUGGAUCGAGUCGAUCGAUGACGACAGCGACAGCGACAGCGAUCAGCAACGCCGUCACUUUGAAGUGCUCCCCCAAGCUCGCAAGCAGUAGUGCCUGCUGCUCCUCUCGCACUUUUUCCAGCUCCACCGCGCAUCGCACAGCAGCAGCAGCGGAUGCCACCAUCACCGCGUCGUUUCCCCCGGCCAACUCGGCAGAGCACACAGAGUUGUUGCAGCGUGCCAAAGCUAGACUUGUACACCUUGGCUUUCAUCACCAAGAGUCGUUUUGGGAACAGAGGAUAUGCUGGGGCGAUCACGACUGCGUGAGUAUCGCAUCGGCCGCGCGUCAGACGAGGCAUGAGGCUCACGCCGCACACGCGCGCGCGCGCGCGCGCGCACACCAGUUUCAGCACGGUGAGUUAUCGAGCGUAACGUCUUGAGCGCCCGUUGUGACAACCUGCACUCCAAAACUCACACGGCGCUGUGUGCGCUGCGUGCCUCCAUCUCUUCUGCAGUGAACAAUGUGCACUACGUUCGAUUUGUAGAGUCUGCUCGCAUGCGCUACGGAGAAGUGUUGGCCUCCAGAU